AUGUGCUUAGAUUAUGAAGAUGAAAAGAACUCCAUGAUUGCUAUUUCAGAAACUGCAGAAAACAAUUAUUAUGAACAUUUCUACGACGAAAUGGAUAAUCGCUUAAGAAUAGAGCAUUCGAUGGAUAUGAUUUACUUUGGACCUCCGAGCUCCUUCAUGAGACUUGAUUCAGAGACUAUUUUACAUAUUUUGACAAACACGAAAAAACAUUUGAUACCAAUCACUCGAGCUCAGCUUGCUUGGGAUAUAAUAACAGAUGGGAAAACCGCAGCAUUUUUGCAGGGACGCGAGUUUCUUGCUUUUGGAAGUCUUUUGAAUGUUAUACCAGAAGAAGAUUUGUAUUACGUUAACUUUGGAGACAAUUCAGUUUUCAAAUACUUUACGAAUCGCUAUGUUGAUUUAGAAAAUAGAAAGUUUGGAGUAUUGAUUGCGGCAUACAGAAGAUAUUUUGGCGGUGACUGGCAUGACAAUGCUACAAGGAUCAACGAGUUAGGAUACUUACUAUGCGGUUACCCUCACUUUGAGUUGAAGAUGAUUUCUCCGACUACGUUUAAGAAACUAAAUAUUGAUGUUUUGGGUAAACUGGGCCGAUGCAAUGUUCAACAAAAAAAGACUCUUUUUAACAUUGCUGUUCAUCCAAAUGCCUAUGGAGAACCGUAUAAAUGGUCUUCCCACGAAAUAAGUCAACUUAGUGAAUUAUUCGUAUGUAUACCAAAAGAAGACAUUACUGUUUUAGAAUUAGAAGCUAUUCCAGCAAUUAGUCCAAAGGUAAUGAAACUGUUAGAUAAAACAAAACUGGAAUAUUUUACGAAGCCGCAGAUAUUACGAAUGAAUCCAAAAACACGACGGAUUUAUAUUUUAAGAAUGCAGUUAAGUAGUAGUUUAGAUAUGAACCAAAUAGCAAGAGGUAAUGUGAGAUUAAUUAGCGUUCUCCUUUACAACUGUGCCUUUUUUGUAUUGUUGCUGUCACAUUAA